AUGCCAGAAACUGACAGCACCUCCGACCUCAAGCCUGAUCCUUUUGGUCGCAUCAAGGAGGACGAGAUGACCAUGUCUAAAAAUAACAAAGGCAACAAAAACCAGAAGUCUCGGCGGGCCAAUCUACAAGUGAAAGGAUCCCCCAAUGAGUCCGCAGCAGUCUUCCCAGAGAGAAAGGUCACAAUUCACUUGGUCCGCCACGCACAGGGCCCUCAUAACCUUACUCAUCUCCCAAUCAAGAUGCGCGUGAAUUUCGUCGAUCCCGGCCUCACAGAUCUCGGCCUGGCCCAAUCUACGCUGCUGCGAUCCCGUUUCGAACCGAUGAAUCGCAUCACCCACAUCCUCUCCUCGCCUAUGCACCGGACCCUCCUAACCGCCCUCGUGGCUUUCGAGCCCAUCAUCGCGAAGGGCUUGCAGAUCGUCGCUUUGCCGGAGCUGCGCGAGUAUGGCAUCGCGCCCUGCAGCACGGGCUCGGACAUGUCCCUGCUUCUCGCGAGCUUGUACAGCAAGGCAAAGGUGUCGCGCGACGACUGUAUCGACGCGAGCAUGGUCCCGGCCGGGUGGGAACAACAGCACGAGGGCGCGGACCGGGCGGAGUGGCUCCAGACCCGGAAGAGGCGGGCGCAGCUUGUGCUGGAGAAGCUGCACGCCCUCGCGGUGGCGGCUACGAAGGCGGAGCGCGGCGUCUGGGAGGGACGCGAGGUUCAUCAGGGGAGGGACGUGGAGAUCCUGGUCGUUACCCAUAGUGGGCUCAUUAUUGACCUCGAGCAGAAUGAUGAUGCACCGAGCUACCAGAACGCGGAGUAUCGAUCGUAUCGGUACCCUACGAGGGAUGAAGUCGAGAAUUGCGGGAUGCCAUACUACAAGCUCAUCGAAACCAGAGAGAGCAAGAAACGGGUCCAUAAGUUCGCCGCUGAUAAGUUAGAGUGA